AUGUCAUUAAGAAUUAUGCUUCAAAAACAUGCUGCUUCCAAUCCACCAUUGGGUUUAGAACGAAUUCAUCGUUAUUUUUGUUAUGUUUGUGGAACACUUCUCCCGCAUAAAUUAGAUAUGAAUGAUUUAUUAAUAUGUCGUAAAUGUAAAACAUCUACGCGUAUGCGUUGGUUCAAUAAUAUGGAUGCAACAUUUAAUAAAGAUGUUAAAUCGAAUAAAACAAUGUUAAAUCAAUUGAAUAAUAAUAAUCAGAAUGAGAAUGAAAAUGAAUCAACAUGUUUAUUUUAUCCAUCAAUGAUUAGACGUGCAAAGAAAAUUUUACGAUCAGAAAUUGCUUUAAAAAAAGCAUUACAAGUACAAUAUGAUGAAAAUGAUAAAUCACAACAACAACCACAACCGACAUUUGAUGGACCGUCAAUUAGAAAAGAAUGUGCUUAUUGUGGUAAUGAUCGAAUGACUUAUGUUACAUUACAAACACGUUCAGCUGAUGAAGGACAAACUGUUAUUUAUACAUGUACACAAUGUUCUAAAAAAGAAAUUGAAAAUACUUGA